UUUCCCCUUCUUUUUGAAUAUAUGACCACCUCCUUUCUCAUCAAUUCCCUUCCUCCUCUUCAAAACCCUAUCCCAUCUGAUUUUGGGAUCUCAAUCACGGAUAAUACAUCUCUUCUAUUUAAAUUCAGGUUUACUUCAAAAAAGAAAUAAGGAAUGUCUUUCACAUGGAAUUGUCGCAUGCAAGGGGGCGUUUUUCAGGAUGAUUACCGGAAUGCAUUCAAUAGAAAUAAUUACAGUAGUUACAGUUCCGAUAACUACAGAAACAGAAAUGGGAAAUGGAGUAGCGACAGGAUUUUUAACCAUACCCAAGAGUUAUUUGGGCAGUUUGGGGAACAUAAUAAAGGUUAUCAGCAUGCACAACCACAUUAUGCUUCUUCUUUGAAAAGAAGAAAGUUUUCUGGUGCUACUUGGGGAGAUAGUGGUAGAAACCACCUGUCAUAUAGCAUGCAUUGGCCUGCUGCUCCAUUGGAAUCCAGCAAUUUCAUUCCUCCUCCUCCUCUAAGAUCAAAUGCUGAAGCCUCUACAUCUGUCAACAAUAAACGUGAUAGGUCACAGUUGGAGGAUGAUGAAUCUGUCUUCAUGUCUAAGGAUGAGAUAGAGAGAUGUUCACCUUCAAGAAGAGAUGGUAUUGAUGCACAUAGUGAAACACAUCUGCGCUAUUCUUAUUGUGCCUUCCUUCAGAACCUUGGUUUGCAGCUAGAGUUGCCACAAACUACCAUUGGCACUGCCAUGGUACUGUGCCAUCGGUUUUUUGUUCGAAGAUCACAUGCUUGCCAUGAUAGAUAUUUGAUUGCUACUGCUGCUCUUUUCCUUGCUGCAAAGUCUGAGGAGACGCCUCGCCCUUUGAACAAUGUGUUGAGAACUUCUUGUGAAAUAUUCCAUAAACAGGAUAUUACAUUCUUAUCCUACCUGCUCCCAGUUGAUUGGUUUGAGCAGUAUCGGGAACGGGUGAUUGAGGCAGAGCAAAUGAUUCUGACUACCUUAAAUUUUGAACUUAGCGUGCAUCAUCCGUAUGAUCCUCUUACAUCGAUUCUUAACAAACUAGGCCUUUCACAAACUGUCUUGGUGAACCUGGCAUUGAACUUGGUGCAAUAUGUUUGUAAUGAUAAGUUCAGUUUGUUUUAGAAGUAAAACUGACUGCUGCAUUUGAACUUCACCUUGAUGUGAUACACAAUGGUUUUGUUACAUGUGCAAUGAUUAUGAUCCUUCUGCCUUUUCAGGUACCAAUUUGGUUUAGUUAUUUUGUUGUGAUGUUUGAACUAUUCCAGAGUAAUCUAAUAAUAAUGCUCAUAUUAUGGGAUGUGUUCUUGUGGCUAUGAUUGAGUAGCUGAUUUAUGCACUUGAAGUAAUGGGUGUUCCAAUCCCUUCAAUCAGCUGGUUUUAUGGGGUUUUGGAUUUAAAGGGAUUUUGGGUGGGGUGUGUCCAAUGGAGUCCAUAUGAACUGGUUCCAAAAAAUUGAGUUGGGGUGUAAAGAAGGUUAUGCAGGUUAUCUUCUUCCAUAUUGUCCAAAAAUGUGUUCUGUCCAUAAUUCUCUUCUUUCCCUCAGCUACUCUACAAAGUUAUUCCAGUAUGGCAUAUUGAUUCUUUUGGCAUGUCAUAUAAUUGCAGGGUCAUUACAAGAUUAGCAUGCACAACUGUAUGAUAUUGUUAGCUGGCGGGUUGAUGUGCUGUUCUUGGAAAGUUUUGUUUUUACAUCUGAAGUUGAAUUGCUGAUUUUCACCCUGUCAACAUGGUCAUGGCUGUGAAAGCCACAUGACCUACGGAAACAAGUCUUAUUAUUUUACUUUUUAACCCAACUUUGUUUUUAUAGUUUCAGUUGAUUAGAAACCACUCGUCUGGAGUCUAUACAAACUUUGAUGUUGUGAAAUCUGGCUGCCUCCCCGUGUCCAUUAUCACCUGCAGAAAAAUUGACUUGGAUGAGUCAGUAGUGGGUUCUUUCCUCCUUUUAAAAUGCUUAUCCGCUGAUGAUUUCCUAGUUGUGAAAUCAUGGUUUGUUAUAAUCACCCUACCUUCUCCCCCUU